GUGCUCCCACCUCUUUCACAAAGUCCUUCCCAAGGGAAUAGCGGUGGGAGAGGUCGGGUGGAGCCUGCGCCGAGAGCACCAGCACCCCCGCGGCCACUGAAAGGCGAGCUCCCGCGUUUCCCUGCGAAGCAAACCUAUCCUGCUUUGCCCCGCUGGCUGACGCCCCUUACACCCCGGUCACGAAGGUGCCUUGUCCCCAGGAUGGGUGGCGAUGCUGCCCUCAGCCCCCCCGACAUCCUUCCCCACGCCAAGAACUCCCGUCCGUGGGGCCGGACAGGCGCGUCCUCCCCAUGCGGCCAUGAGCAACGCCACGGCCCCCACGGCCCCGGGCGCGGCGGGGGACUCGCUGGUGGGCUCCGUGCUGGGACCCUUCCUCCUCCUCACCCUCCUCGGCGCCCUCCUGGCCGCGGUGAUGUACGUCAAGAAGAAGCGCAGGUCCGACCGGCUGCGGCACCGGCUGCUGCCCAUGUACAGCUACGACCCGGCUGAGGAGCCGCCAGAGUCGGAGCAGGAGCUGCUGGUGGAGGCUGACGAGGCUCAGGUGAUGCCCGGCUGGGGGGGACCCUCUCCCCCUCGGCCCCCGCGCAGGGACUGGAGGGCCUGACGCUGCCUGGAGCACCGGGCCCGGAUCCUGCCCGCGGGAGGGACGGGAGCACGGUGUCAGCACCGGUACCAUCAGCCAGAACGGGCAGGAUGUGCCCACCAUGGUGCCACGAUGCCACAGCCACUGACCAGGACCGGACAUCUCCCACCUCAGUGCCUGGUUUUGCCUUUUUUUUUUUUUUUUUUUCCUCUCGAGCUGCUCCAGCAGCCCCUUGGAACGCUCUGGGAGGGCCCACUGGGGCUGGCAGACUGGCACGGAGCAGCAGGCUCUGCUGGCACAGGAUGCCUGGGGGAAGAUGGGGUGAAUAAACGCGUCUCUGCCUUGGCCCCGAGGCUCCGUGUGGGGCUGGGGGUUCCUGGCCUUGGGCGGAAA